AUGGCCGCCAGGGAGUCCGGUAGAGUUAAAGAAGCAGAGAAAAGACGGGUUUUAGAUGAUGCAGCGAGGAAACGAAGAGCUAGGAAGGCCGUUGAAGCCUUGGAACAAGACAACUUCCACGAUGACCCACAUGCUGAUCUGGUUAUGUCGAAGAAGGUCCCAAAAUUUGCAGAUUCAAAUGAAAAGCCGACGAGGAAGAAGAAAGCGAAAGGUGCAGAGUAUUAUAAGAUGAGGUUCAGGAAAACAUUUGUGCAACUUGUAGAAGAAGAUGCUAGUUUUAGACCGGACCCUCCUAAUUAUUUGUCAGCGCAGGCACCACCAUCAAAAUUUCCUGAUCGACAUUUCUGCGCCGUGUGUGGAUUCCCUUCCUGUUACACUUGCAUACCUUGUGGAGCGAGAUAUUGCAGCGUUAGAUGUCUCGGUACGCAUUUAGAUACGAGGUGUCUCAAAUGGACCGCAUAAAUAGACGUAUGUUUGAAUAUUAGUUGUAAUUUACUUACUUUUUCGUAAUAAAAUCCAAUCCAAAGCACCCAAAUA